UAUUUAUUUAUUUAUUAACAAUAGAUAUGUACUAGCAUAUUCAUAGCAGCACUAUUUGUAAUAACCCCAAACUAGAAACUACCAAAUGCCUAUUAACUGUAGAAUGGAUAAAUAAAUUGUGGUAUAUUCAUCCAUGGGAAUACUAUCAACAAUGAGAAAGAACCCCUACAAGUAUGUGCAACAACAGCCUAUAUGUAUUCUUUUGUGUUUUUUUCACUCAACACUGUGUUGGUGAGAUUCACCAUGUGGUUGGGUGUAGCUGUAGCUCCUUCGUUUCCGUUGCUGUGUAAUAUUCCAUUGUGUGACUAUACCACAAUACAUCCUGCUGUUGAUGUAUAUUUGGGCUGUUUCCAGUUUUGGCAAUUAUGAAUAUUGCCACUGUGAGCAUUCUCGUAUGAGUGUCCUGCUGCACAAGUGUAUGCGUUUCUGUAAGGCAUAUAUUUAGCAGCACAAUUGCUGGUUGAUAGGAUAUGUUCGACAUCAGUAGUUUUACCAAACUGUUUUGCAAGGGGGAGACUUGCUAUACACCAGCAGUGCUCAUGUUCUCCACAUCUUUGCCAACACUUGGUAUCUUCAGAUUUUCAGAGAUAACUAUCUGAUAGCUCAGAGCUUGGCCAUGCCGUUUGGGUGUGUGACUCUGGGCGACAAGAAGAACUAUAACCAGCCGUCGGAGGUGACUGACAGAUAUGAUUUGGGACAGGUCAUCAAGACUGAGGAGUUCUGUGAGAUCUUCCGGGCCAAGGACAAGACGACAGGCAAGCUGCAUACCUGCAAGAAGUUCCAGAAGCGGGACGGCCGCAAGGUGCGGAAGGCAGCCAAGAACGAGAUAGGCAUCCUCAAAAUGGUGAAGCAUCCCAAUAUCCUGCAACUGGUGGACGUGUUUGUGACCCGCAAAGAGUACUUCAUCUUCCUGGAGCUGGCCACGGGGAGGGAGGUGUUUGACUGGAUCCUGGACCAGGGCUACUACUCGGAGCGAGACACAAGCAACGUGGUGCGGCAGGUCCUGGAGGCCGUGGCCUACCUGCACUCACUCAAGAUCGUGCACAGGAACCUCAAGCUGGAAAAUCUGGUUUACUAUAAUCGGCUGAAGAACUCAAAGAUUGUCAUCAGUGACUUCCACCUGGCUAAGCUAGAGAAUGGCCUCAUCAAGGAGCCUUGUGGGACCCCCGAGUACCUUGCCCCAGAGGUGGUAGGCCGGCAGCGGUAUGGACGCCCUGUGGACUGCUGGGCCAUUGGAGUCAUCAUGUACAUCCUACUUUCAGGGAACCCGCCUUUCUACGAGGAGGUGGAGGAAGAUGACUAUGAGAACCAUGACAAGAAUCUCUUCCGCAAGAUCCUGGCUGGCGACUAUGAGUUUGACUCUCCAUACUGGGAUGACAUUUCGCAGGCGGCCAAAGACCUGGUCACAAGGCUGAUGGAGGUGGAGCAAGACCAGCGGAUCACCGCAGAAGAGGCCAUCUCCCAUGAGUGGAUUUCUGGCAAUGCUGCUUCUGAUAAGAACAUCAAGGAUGGUGUCUGUGCCCAGAUUGAAAAGAACUUUGCCAGGGCUAAGUGGAAGAAGGCUGUCCGAGUGACUACCCUCAUGAAACGGCUCCGGGCACCAGAGCAGUCCAGCGUGGCUGCAGCCCAGUCUGCCCCAGCCACAGACACUGCCACCCCUGGGGCUGCAGGUGGGGCCACAGCUGCAAGUGGAGCUGCCCCAGCCCCUGGGGGCAGUGCCACCUCAGCCACAGUGGGUGACGCUGCUCUUGCUGCGAAGAGCAAUAAUGUAGCCCCCGCAGACCGUAGUGCUACCCCAGCCACAGAUGGCAGCACCACCCCAGCCACUGAUGGGAGUAUCACCCCAGCCACCGAUGGGAGCAUUACCCCAGCCACUGAUGGGAGUGUCACCCCAGCCACUGACAGGAGUGUUACCCCAGCCACUGAUGGGAGAGCCACACCAGCCACAGAAGAGAGCACCGUGCCCACGAUCCAAAGCAGUGCCACACCGGCCACCAAGGCAGCUGCCACCCCUGAGCCAGCUUUGGCCCAGCCGGACAGCACAGCCCCAGGGGGCACAACAGGCUGGGCUCCACCCUCUAGUAAAGGGGAAGAGGCUGCUGGCUAUGCCCAGGAGUCUCGGAGGGAGGAGACCAGCUGAGUGGGCAGGCUGAUGGGGGGCAGGGGAUGGGCAGGAGGGUGGGAGAGUGGAUGAGGGGCUUUUCACUGUACAUAGAGUCACUGGCAUGAUGCCCUCACUACCCCCUGCCCCUCCCUCCCAGCAUGGGGCAUGUCUGGGAGCCAUGGGAGAGCAGUCUCAUCUCCUGUGUGUAUGUGCGUGAGUGGUGGGCAGGCCAGAGGCAGGACUGGCCUCAGCCCCUGCAUGGAUUCCUCGUGGCUUUUCUGUCUUUUGCUAGCUUCACCAGUUUCUGUUCCUUGUGGGAUGCUGCUCUAGGGAUACUCAGGAGGUCCCUGUUACUCUUCCCCUUUCCUUUUUUUGCCCAUAAUUCCCCCAGGCAGGCCCUGCAGGUCCCAUCCUCUCCCAGGCUCUAAACUUGGGUGGCCUUGCCCUAAGAGCUAGUCCUCCAGUGAGGCUCUGUCUGCGGUCUUAGGCUCCUGCACAUGAAGGUAUGUGCCUGUGGUAUGUGGGAUGCUCUAGGAGUGGACACAGGCCAGUAUAGAGAAUGCAAAAAUCUAGGGCAGUAUGCUUUAAGACAAGACUGGUCGCAUGGCUGGGGGCACUGCUUGGUAGACAUGAGGGUCCUCAGAAGUGAAAGAGAAUGAAUAGGAGGGUAGAAGCUUCCAUCUUUGUUCCUGGGAAGUUCCUCCCAAGACCCUUGUGCUGUUUCCCAGCCUCCUGGGUCCUACAAGUAGGACCUUGUGCCCUGAGUUUCAUGAGCCUGUAAGGGGAAGGAGGAGCAAUUAGGAUGUGGCAAUGAGAACUGGGAGGGCAGAGUGCAGGCCCAGCACCUAGUGCACCAGCCUAGCUGGCUCCUUACCCUGGGCCACACAGGAAGGGCUGAUAUCCCCUGGCUCUUUCCAGAUGGCCCCUCUCAGGCUCAGUCCACAGUCCUAUCUAUCCUACAGGGCCUGCCGCAUGGCAGUGUCCCAUAGUCUGAUUUGGGAGUUUGCCCUUCACAGGGGCAGAUUUUCUGCUCUCCCAAUUCAGCAACAGAGAGGAACCCCUCUAUGUCUGUGACCCACUUCCCUUUCUGCCAGGGGCCUCUGAGCCAUGCUGAGUUGCUUUUGCUGGGAUGAGGAAGUGGAAUAAGACUCCCCAGUUUCCUGAUGGAGGCUCCUGGCAGGUCCCCUUUGUCAGACCCUACCACAGCCUGGGCUGGCAGCCACACUGGUCCCGGCCCUUCCUCAGCACUCUGGUGGCAGUCCUGCCCUUCUCCCUGCAUGCCUGUGGGUCUGCUCUGGUGUAUGAAGGUCGGUGGGCUAACCGUGUGCCUGCUGAACCUGGCAAAUAAAUGUCACCCUGCCAAAGCCUCUGGCCACCCUCUCGCCUUUGCUU